AUGAAUUCCGAAGUAAGCACGACAGCACUCUACUAACACAUAGUGGCUAUGAAUAUUAUGAAUUAUAUUCACAGUGAACGGCUUGUUUUAACACUCGUUUUCGUUGGCCCUUAAUAUCAACUGUGUUGAAGUAGUUUGCGUUGUUUCCCUAGGCGGAUGUCGAGAUCAAGAAGAAGCGUACCUUUAGGAAGUUCACCUACAGAGGUGUGGACUUGGACCAGCUUCUGGACAUGUCCUAGUGAGUAAACCAAUUAAUCCAAUAAAUGGGUCCCGACAUUUGGCAAUAUUGCUGUUUGCAUUGUGGUAUGUCGGUGAAAGCUCGGCACUUUCUCUGAGUGUAACCAUCAUGCCAAUGCUAGAGGAACCCCAUCUUGCAGAAGGGUGAGGUCAGACAGUGGCGUUCUCUCUUUCGAAAGUUGGGUACAUUAUUAUGGCAACCGGUAUGCUGUUUCAUUUUCAUGACUUUUCUCCAUUUUGCAUGUCAUACAUAUCGUUACAUAAUGAAUUGGACUAUGACUAAAUAUGUAAAACUCUAAAGAGGUCAUUUUGGUACAGUCUGGAUUUAUUUAAAUGUUUUAUUGACUCCCCUGUAGAAGUCUCCAGUCUGCUAUUUGGACCUGAUGCUGAAUGUUAAUUUGAAAGUAUCCCUGACUGCAUCAUGCCUCCCUUCCUCCAGUGAACAGCUGAUGCAGCUGUACUGCGCCCGCCAGAGGAGGAGGCUUAACCGUGGCCUUCGCCGCAAGCAACAGUCCCUCCUGAAGCGCCUGCGUAAGGCCAAGAAGGAGGCUCCCCCGAUGGAGAAGCCCGAGGUGGUGAAGACUCACCUCAGGGACAUGGUCAUCCUGCCUGAGAUGGUUGGCUCCAUGGUCGGAGUGUACAAUGGCAAGACCUUCAACCAGGUUGAAAUCAAGGUGAGGUUUUGGGAAAGAUCUGUAAUCCCAAGGUUAGCAAUGCUAACAGGGACAUGUAAAACUCCAUAUCGAAUGUUAGCUAAAUGCAAAAAAAUGCAUUGUGAACAUUUUAGUCUCUGACAUUAACUAUUUACAUUACAGACAUAAUGCUUAGUUUACUGCACUCACAAAACAAAUUUUAGACAGCAAGGCUCUUGAUCCAGGAGGGGAUUCUCUGCUGUUGCCGAGAGAAGCUUGAUUUUGCGAGAAGCUAACCAGGUAGCUAGAUUCUAAAUUAGAAAACCAAAUGCACAACUGCGUAGCAUUUAGCACAUUUCAGACAGUUAACGUAAUAGUUAUAAGAUACUUUGGGCCGUGUAUGUGGACACCCCUUCAAAUUAUUGGAUUCGGCUAUUUCAGCCACACCCGUUGCUGACAGGUGUUUAAAAUCAAGCACACAGCCAUGCAAUCUCCAUAGAUGGACAUUGGCAGUAGAAUGGCCCCUCCUGAAGAGCUCAGUGACUUUCAACGUGGCACCGUCAUAGGAUACCACCUUUCCAGCAAGUAAGUCCGUCACAUUUCUGCCCUUCUAGAACUUCCCCGGUCAACUGUAAGCGCUGUUAUUGUGAAGUGGAAAUAUCUAGGAGCAACAACGGCUCAGCCGCGAAGUGGUAGGCCACACAAGCUCACAGAAAGGGACAGCUGAGUGCUGUAGCGCGUAACAAUUAUCUGUCCUCGGUUGCAACACUCACUACCGCGUUCCAAACUGCCUCUGGACGCAACUUCAGUACAUUAACUGUUCAUCUGGAGCUUCAUGAAAUGGGUUUCCAUGGCCGAGCAGCCGCACACAAGCCUAAGAUCACCAUGCGCAAUGUCAAGAUUCUGCUGGAGUGGUGUAAAGCUCACCGCCAUUGGACUCUGGAGCAGUGGAAACGCCUUCUCUGGGGUGAUGAAUCACGCUUCACCAUCUGGCAGGCUGAUGGAAGAACCUGGGUUUGGCAGAUGCCAAGAGAAUGCUACCUGCCCGAAUGCAUAGUACCAACUGUAAAGUUUGGUGGAGAAGAAAUAAUGGUCUGUGGCUGUUUUUCAUGGUUUGGGCUAGGCCCCUUAGUUCCAGUGAAGGGGAAUCUUAAAGCUACAGCAUACAAUUACAUUCUAGACGAUUCUGUACUUCCAACUUUGUGGCAAGUUUGGGGAAGGUCCUUUCCUGUUUCAGCAUGACAAUGCCCCUGUGCACAAAGCGAGGUCCAUACAGAAAUGGUUCGUCGAACGGUGUGGAAGAACUUGACUGGCCUGCACAGAGCCCUGAUCUCAACUCCAUCGAACAAUUUUGGGAUGAAUUGGAACACCGACUGCGAGCAAGGCCUAAUCCCCAACAUCAGUGCCCGACCUCACUAAUGCUCUUGUGGCUCAAUGGAAGCAAGUCCCCGCAGCAAUGUUCCAACAUCUAGUGGAAAGCCUUCUCAGAAGAGUGGAGGCUGUUUUAUCAGCAAAAGGGUGGACCAACGCCAUAUUAAUGCCCUUGGUUUUGGAAAGAGAUGUUUGACAAGCAGGUGUGGUCCUCUGUAGCUCAGCUGGUAGAGCACGGCGCCUGUAACGCCAAGGUAGUGGGUUCGAUCCCCGGGACCACCCAUACACAAAAAUGUAUGCACGCAUGACUGUAAGUCGCUUUGGAUAAAAGCGUCUGCUAAAUGGCAUAUUAUUAUAUUAUAGGUGUUCACAUUCUUUUGGCCAUGUAGUGUAUCUAGCUGGCAAACAUUUAUUUGUGAAUUCCAUACUAUAACUAGAUCACCUGGCGCGUGCUGCACAACAGUGAGUGACUAAAGUCUCCUGUCUUGUCAUUGUGUGCUUGUAAACAAACACCAUGUUACUGGGGACUACCGGUAAGCUUCAUAAUGAAAAUGUGACGGGUGAAAUGACGAACUCAAUGUGCUUUAUCUCUUAACAUAUUGCAGAAGUUGACUGCAAGUAUUUACUUAAAAAGUAACUACAAAUAUUCACAUUUAUUAAACUUCAAAUAAGUAGUUUCAACGGUAUGGAAAAACCUUGCCGUGCCUAUUUCUAAAUCCCCGGGAUACCGCCCAAGCCUACUACACACCGCAAUGGCCCCUCCCGAGAUUGCGAUUGUAAAUACAUUUUUUUAUUUUACUUAUUGCUAGGGUUUUCGCAUCCUGUUACCUGCGUACAAUGCAAUAAUUUGCUACACUGUAUUUUUGAAGCCUUUGGUAAUAAUCAGAUGUUUGUAUAGUUCAUAAAUGUUUUGGUCCUGCAUCAAUCUUGUCCUUACAAGUUUUCUGUCUACAUCUGCGUGUAGAAGCUGUCUGAACAAUGUGCAGUGGUAGUUCAGUCACGGAUGUAUUCUAGUUGUCUAGUAACAGGAUUGUCCUGCUCGUACUAACAUUUGUACAUUUCUCUCUCCAGCCUGAGAUGUGCGGCCACUACCUGGGGGAGUUCUCCAUCACCUACAAGCCAGUCAAGCACGGUCGCCCCGGUAUCGGAGCUACACAUUCUUCCCGUUUCAUCCCACUGAAGUAG